CUUCACGAGGCUUAAUUCUGGCACUUAUCACCACCCAUACCUCCCCUUUCUGCACCGCUGCUUUGUUUCACAGGCAAGAUCACAGCAGAUAUUUGGCAAGGCAGGCUGCGUGUGUGUGCGCGACAGGCUGGCUGGCUGGGCUGGCCGCAUCGGGAGCAGAUACGAUUUGUUUCUGUGAUUACCACAUUGUUGUUCUUUUUCUCUGUAUUCUGCCAUUUCCGGGCCGUAGAGUGGAUAGCAGCUCAAGUCAGAUUUGAUGGUGAUGUUGAGUACGUGUAUCUGAUUUGGCUAGGUCGAGGCCAGGAGCAUUUUUAACAGCGUGAAAGUAGGAUAGAGGGAGGAAAAGCGAGAGAAACUGCGUUGUCCAUAUUGCGUCCGUCUGUCGCGCUCCGCGGUUGUGAAUGGACUGCGCCCCCUCAGUGUUUAUCUGCAGUCACUUCGAGUCGUUUCUGGAGGAAGAUGGCGGACAGGGAUGAGAUGUUCUCACUCUCCACCUUCCACUCCCUCUCUCCUCCAGGCUGCAGGCCUGCCCAUGACAUCAGUCUGGAGGAGUUUGAUGAUGAGGAUCUGUCUGAAAUCACAGAUGACUGUGGAAUAGGACUCAACUACGACUCUGAUCCAUACGAGAAGGACUGUCUGAUUCUGGAGAAGAGCGAUAUUCACCACCAGGUCUGCUCCUUCCAGGAUGACUUCCAGGAGUUUGAGAUGAUCGAUGACGAGGAUGAGGAAGAUGAGGAUGAAGACGUGGACCCUGACGCUCCACCCUCCCCCUCCGCUUCCCUUCCUCCUUCCCCUACCCUGGGCACGCUGAAGAGCCGGCCCACCACCCUUAACCUCACCACCACUCUCUCUCUCUCUCAGGACUCAUUGAACAACAACAGCAGUCUUUCUCCAAAGAAGGGCAGCUGGCAGCACUCUCUACGCAAGCCCACCUCACAAGGCCGUCUGUCUCCAGCCCACUCUUGUCUGGAAGAUGGGAGCCACGUGACAGGCCAGUGCCCUUCCCAAACAGCCCCCCAGGCCCCAGCGUCCCAGAGCAAAGGCUCCUUCGGUCAACACAAGUCUCACCUGGGCUCUGACGAGGUCAUUAACUCCUCAGCCGACCACGAGGUCGACCACGACCUCAACAACGCUGACCACAACCACAAAAGUUCACGGUCCUGCAUGUCCACCCAGCGACGUCCCACCGACACCUACACGGUCAAUACUAAGUCAGGCCUGGACCGGGAACUGGAAAACGACCCAGACGGGACCAGCCGAUGCCUGUCCUCCACUGCUCCCAUUGGGGGAAAUGACGGAGCUGACACCCCUCUGUCAGGUGAGGAGCUGGAGAAAGAUUUUGACGUAGAGUUCAUGUGUAAGGAGACCUAUGACAUGGCAUGUAAGGAGAACCAGAGCUCAGUCUACGUUGAGUUCCCCUCCAUCGAGCCCUGUGAGCUGGCUUCUUUCUCCAGCUAUAUGCCAUCAAGCCGCUCCGAUGUUCUCGACCAAUCCAGAAGCACUGACCAGAGCGAGCUUCCAGCUACAGCCAAUGAGGCGGCCAAUGACUCCACCUCUCCGUCCUCGGACCCUGGCAUCGCUGACAUGAACGCCAAGCGGUGCUACGCUACCUCAGACCAAGAGCAUGACCUGAGCUCUCCCGGGUCAGAAUCAGACAUUGAGGGGGAGCUGGAGGCAGCGUUUGCCUGCGGAGGACCCCUGGUCUCCAAUAUGAUCUCCUCCAUCUCAGAGACAGAGCUGGAUAUGACCAGUGAUGACAGUAGUAGUGGACGCUCCUCUCACCUCACCAACUCCAUUGAGGAGGCCAGCUCACCCACCUCCGACCAGGAACUGGGCCCUGACAACGAGUUAGAACAGGACAGCAGCAUUGUGGGAAUGAAGGUAUCGCUCCUCCUUGGCCACCCAGACCCCAUCAAAGUGGGCUCACCCUUACCUUCACCACUACCCUCCCCCAGCCUAGCCACCCCCCCCCCUGCUGACUCCCCCAUCCUGCCCCCAGAGCCCUAUGAUGACGGUCAGGCUCUGAUGGGCCUACAGAGUGUAGAUGAUUAUGAUGAAUUGCCCUAUGAGCACCAGCCUGACCCAGAUGAGGCCCUGCCCACACCCCCGCGCUGUGAGGACAGAAUCUCCAAACAGAUGGUACUCCAGAUAGAACCCGACCACAGCCUGGAGAGCUUCAAACGCUCCUUCUACCUGCCAGUGGGACCCAGACUUAUACCCACUCACGCUGACGACUACGACGUCAACAGUGAGGGAGAGUCCGAGUCGGAGAGCGAGGACGAGCUGAGCGAGAAUUCAGACUCACCCUGGUUGCUUAACAACCUGGUGAACAAGAUGAUCUUGGAGGGGUCUUAUCCAAUUAGCUGUCCCGAGGACUGUUUCAAGAGGUCAGUGUCCGUCUCGGACACCAUCUCACCUUCCUCAGACAUCGAGCCAGACACGUUCACCGACGCUGCGGGUGACAAAAUGCUGAAAUCUGGGACGAAGGAAUCGAAGGAUAAAAAAGGGAAGGGUCCGAGGAAGGAGUGGAAGGAGAGAGAGAAGAUGGAGAAGAGUGCAGAGCUGCCCAAAUGGAAUACAGGGAAAGCCAACGAUCGAUUUGGCCCCUGUCUGUACAAGAGCAAUCCCACAGCUGACACCAUCAGACCGGUGAUCGUGGAGCGUUAUGGCAACAGGGUAUCCACAGACAACAAUCACACUCAGGACUCUGAGAAAGAAAUCACCAGCCCUAAAUCAGGCAAAAACACCAAGAGGAAGGAUGAAAAAGAGGAUGAUGAUGAUACUGUGGAGCCCGAUAAUGACCUGAUGAUGCUGGAGGAGAGGAAGGAGCUGGACCCUCCCAGUCUGAGUGAGAGCGUGGCGAUUGACAAGGACGAGGGCCGCGAGACAGAGGCCAAGCCCACCGGACGUUCUACGGCCUCCCUGGAACGCAUCACCACUGUCAAACACAGCAUGACCCUGGACAUCCCCACAGCCCAGACCAACCGAUGCUUCAGCCUCACCUACUCCACUGACAACGAUGAGGAAGAGGGAGACUCCUCCCCGUUCCUGAGCUGCCUGAGGAAGCAGUCAUCCUACGGUGGCAGCCACCAGUACCUGGAUAGCUCUCCGCCCAUCGACGAGAGCGUUCGAGACCUCACCCUGUUGGAGCAGGAAGGCACCCUGUGUGAGAGAGACCUCCCUCUGCGGUCCCAGCCGGAUGACGACGGUCUGGCAUACGACUCUAUGAAGUACACUCUGGUGGUGGAUGAGAACACUACACUGGAGCUGGUCAGCCUCAGGAGAUGUACCUCUGUGCUGAGUGAUGACAGUGAGCUGUCUACACUGUGUGAUGAUGACCCUCUGGCGAUGGGGGAGGUGGGGUACUUCCGGGGGAACGGAGGGGUGCGGCCAGAACUCCUCAGCUCGUCAGAAGACUCCUCACCUGAGGCUGACAUGCACUUCUCCAAGAAGUUCCUCAACGUGUUUGUCAACAGCACCUCACGAUCCUCUAGUACAGAGUCAUUUGGGCUGUUCUCCUGUACCAUCAACGGAGAGGAGAGGGACCAGACACACAGGGCUGUAUACAGGUUUAUCCCUAGACAUGUGGAUGAGUUGGAGCUGGAUGUGGACGACCCUCUGUAUGUCGAGGAGGAGGAGGAUGACUACUGGUACAGAGGCUACAACAUGCGGACAGGAGAGAUGGGGAUAUUCCCUGCCUUCUAUGCCCAUGAGGUCAUAGGGCAGUUCAAGGAGAUAAUGGGAGUGAAGAGGAACCCAGCCUGGAUGGACAGUUUCAGCGUUCAGUUCCUGGGUUCUGUGGAGGUGCCCUAUCACCAAGGCAAUGGUAUCCUCUGUGCCGCCAUGCAGAAGAUUGCGAUAGCGCGGAAGCGGACGGUCCAUGUGAGACCCCCCUCUCUGUGUGAGCUGGAGAUUAGUUUACAAGGGGUUAAACUGGUAAUGAGCCUGGAGGACGAAUAUGACACUUUGGAUGAGUUUGACAGAUGUAGUCACUUCUUCCAGAUGAAGAACAUCUCUUUCUGUGGAUGCCAUCCCAAAAACAAUUGCUACUUUGGCUUCAUUACUAAACACCCCAUGCUGAACAGGUUUGCCUGCCACGUCUUUGUCUCCCAGGAGUCAAUGCGGCGUGUGGCCGAGAGUGUUGGACGGGCUUUCCAGGAGUAUUACCAGGAGCACCUGGAGUACGCCUGCCCCACCGAAGACAUCUACCUGGAGUAGAGCAGGCAGGAAGUAGGAAGUGUUGCCAUGACAACCAUCUCCUCUUCUUCUUGCUGCAGCUUGUGUAGGUUCAUCAAUCUCACCACCAGAGGGUACUGGUGGCUCUUCUUUCCGUUGUAAAACACUCCAUAUAUACAGUAUCCCUCUAAAACUGGAAUGUUAAUUUCCGUUCUACAGUAUGCGACGUGUUUUAUUAAUUUAUUGACUUAUUUAUUGAUUCAUUUGUUUACAAGUUUAUUUUCCAUCUUCUAGAUGGAUCGCCUGUUUCUUUUUCUAUGAUACAGUUCUAGGAAUAAGUCUUGGCACCUUAUUUUAGAUAUUAUGUAUCCUCUUCGGUUUAAAAAACAAUAACAACAAUGAUAUUCCUACUGCUAUUUCACAUGUUCCAAUGCAUGGCUAGGAGGGUAAUGCACACACAAUCACACACAGAAAAAUUAGGACACACAAAUAGCGCAACAAUCAAGAGGACAUUAAGCAUAUUAUUUGGUCAGGUGUGGUUUGGUGUAAAUAUGUUUUUGUUCAAAGAUCGAAGAAGAGAGAGAGUACAGUGAUGUGAUUGGUCCGAGCUAACACCUGUAUCGUGUACAAGAAAUGGUGUGUUCUGUAAAUAUACACAUUAGGAACACCUAUGUAUAGGCAGUAGAGAAAUACAGAUGACUCAUACAAACUAUGUAAGUAGCAUCCACAACCAAUAAUCAAACAAGAGGAAGUGAAGAAAGGAAGUAGAAAGGAAGAGAGGGAUGAUGUUUUAGCCCAGUGUUUACCAAAUGGUGGGACUUGGACCUAUUUCAGAGAGCUUAUCCUUUCACUGGUUGUGUUAUGUGGCUUAUGCCUGGUUCCAAUUCUCUUCUCUAGUUCCUUCCCCAGCUUUGAAGUCCACCAUUUUUUUAUUCAUAGUUUGAAAAUGUACUGGCGUCAGAUCUGAAAGGACUGAGCAGGUGUAAGCGAUGUGGUGAUGGCCACAGUUAGCCCUUCAAUUGAGCUAAAUGGAGUUGCCAUCAGGAGCUAGGGGAAGGGACUAGGGCCAAAAUGGAAUGAAGCCUCAGUUUUGCAAUGGAGGCUCUUCAUCAUAUUGGUCAUUUUGACAUUGAAAGGGUUCUGAUUUAUGUUGAUGAUGUUGACCUGAUAGUAAGCCCUGCCCACCACGGUCCAGAACAGUCUCAGUAGUCAUCUGUCAUUGGACAACAGCUCCUCUGAUCAAAUCUCCAAACACAGCAGAGUGGCAGGAAGAGGUUGCUAUGGAAACAGGGGGGCGAUAACUGUCAGAGCUUUGGGAACAGAGAGGGAGAGAAUCAUUCAGCUUCUGGACUUCUAAUGGUGCAAAUACAGUAUUAUAGAAACAUCCAAUGUUAUUCCAUUCUAUCUGGUCCAACAGUGAAGUGUCCUAAUGUACAUGUACAGACAUAAUCAGUCUGAAUAUCAGGUUGAGGACAGUUGAAGGUCCUCUUCAGGAGAAGCCAUAAUCCCACAGUUCUGACUGUUCAACACUACUCCCUCACAGGAAGCACUGUUGUACAGGUGGGUGUCGGUCCCUGUUUGGGUUGAGUCCACUGAGAAUAAGGCCAGAUUGGCCUUGGUUGACUGUACAUAAGGCAACAAGGAAAGUAAAGUCAUGACAUAGAUAAUGCUGACUAAGAAAGUAGUGGUGCCUUCUCCUGUGUCCUUCUACCUUCUCUUUAAGGUCGAUCAAGUCAAAAAGAGGAUAGAGUCUAAAAAUUAAAGUUUUCAAGAUAUUGGACUUUCAAGAUGUCACCGGCCACAUCAUCAUGAUGCAAAAUGCUGAACAAUUAUGGAAAAAAUACAAAAAGGUAGUUUUUGAGAGGAGUUCCCCUUUAAGUUAGAAAAAGGUUUGAUAUUGACUUGCCACCAUUGAAAGACCGGUAGUUUCUUGGAUAUAAUAGGCUUUGGUCCGACCAACACAGUUUUACAAGUUGACUUUACAAUGUCUAAUGGCUCAUAUUCUGCCUGAUAAAUGUCCUGAUUAGUUGACCUUUCCACAUGUACUCCUUGAUUUCACUCUUAUCAUAGGUAAUAUACAGUACAUCGUUUGCCUACUUAUAAUAGGACAUUUUACUUUCUACAGUUGUCUUUUCCAGUUCACAUAGCAUACAGUAUAACAUCUAAACAGAUGAAGGGAGUAGAGAGGUGGCCAACACAGAAUGAAUUGAAAUAACAGGUGUCAUACUGCAAUCCCCAAUAUCAGGUUGAGUAUAGAAGACGAGGGAUGCUCGUCUACUUCUACUGCUUUUAUUCUUCAACGUGUAUCAAACAGCAAAAGUAAGAUCUUGUAGAGGAGAGCAUUGUUGAUCUGCUGGUGAUGAGGAGGCAUGGGACCUCCAUGGUGACCAGUUUAUUUGUGAAAGUGGUGUCAGUAGGAGGGGAGAGAGGGUAAAAUCUAAAUGUGUAUCGCUGUCGGUUAGAUCCUGUAAAUACUAUAGAGUCAACAAGAUAGUGCUGUGUCCUUUACGUUAAGUAUGUUAUUGAAAUGGAAUAUGUAAAAUAAAAGGGAGACGAAUUCAAAAAAGAACCAUGAAAACCACGAUGGAAAAAGAUAAAACAUUGUACAUUUCCUUUUAUUAUUUGUUUUAAUGAGCGUGUUGCCUUUCCAUACACGUCUCUACAUCAACCACGAAGUUUUGUGAACCACUAAGUUCUUGCUAACUCAGACAGACGUUCACCCCACAGACAGGCUUCAGCAGCACUGCUUUUAGGCAAAUCUGUGACAUUGUUAUUAGGGGACACACGUAACGUGUCACCUUUGACCUUGCUGAUAUCCAAUGCCACACCCACUCAAGUGCUGGCCACUCCGCUGAUAAAGCAGAGUAGUAGAGAUUAACCAAUUAAAAUAGCUUUCAGAGUCUGCUUUCACACGGGAACUAGAGGUGGGACCAAGUCACUAUUAUUCGAGUCACUGCAAAUCUAAAGUCACAAGGUCCAAAUCGAGUCCCAAGUAGAACGGGUUUAGUCUUGAGUCAAGUCCUAGUCUUGCAUUCUAAGAGCGAGUCGAGUCACAAGUUUUUUUAUGUCUCAAAUCAAGUUUUUUUUUAAACUAUACAGGCAAAGGCUUGUUUAACUACAAAUCUUUGUCAAUUUUUUUAGGCUACCAGACAGCCCUUUUCAUUAUUUUGUCAACAACACAUUUUGAUUAUGUAAUAAUUUAUUUUACCAAAUUCCAAAUGCAAGCCUUAUAAGUAAAUUAUAAAUUUCAAGCAAUUUUGACAUACCAAAACACCAGUAGGCCUGGCCUAUGCUAGAAAUUGUUGCUUGAUACCCCAUUGCUGGUGAGCUUGCAGGGUAAACAGUUGAUAUUCUUGAUCAUCAGCAAAAAAAAAAGAUGUAUAUUAAUUUAUGACAAUCCUCUGUCCCUACAAUUUGACGUUUGCACUGCACACGAUCCUAUAUAGCUGUUCAGCAAAUCAGCCAUCUGUUCGCCAGCUCAGUGGUUUUCUAACUGUUUGACCCGUUUAAAGUUUUAGACCCCCACGCAAAGGUGCGCACAAUCGCUGCUCAAAUUUAGCCUAUCAUUACAGCCAAAAAACGGUGAUGCAUUUUCAAAACGAAAGAUACACAAAUAAACUAUGUUUUACACCUGCAUUUUGAGCUGAAAGUCAUUCAAGUUAGCUGUCUAUCAACUAGGGAUAUCAUGUCACAGUGACCACGUUUACAUGCACACUAAUAUCCCGUUAUUAUUCGGGAUACUCAAGUAUUCUGUUUUUGAGAUGGUGCAUAUAAACACCAUUCCCAAUUACAAUAACCCAAAAAAGCUUGUGUCCUGGUUAUGAGAAACCCAGAUAAAAUGCCUGGGAUAUGCUGAUCUUAGAUGGGAGGUAAACAACUUAUACCCUUUACUGUUGUUUUUCGCUGUCUGUGCAGGCUCAGUUGCACAUAUCAUGGGUGUUGUGCAGUCUAUGGUGUUCUGCAAUAAUGUUUUCAUCUGAUAGUCAAAUCACUUCAAAAGGUGGGCUACCUGUGCAGUUCAAUCCACCAUAAUUCCAUAAUUUAUUUUGCCCCUACUCCAUACUGGACCGUAUAGCCUACUAGCUACAUUCACCACUAAUUUAGACAACUUUCUGCUUAUCAUUUCUGACAUUUGGUAGGCCAUAUUAUAAUUUCCAGUAUUUGGUAGGCCAUAUUAUAAUUUACUACAUUUGGUAGGCCAUAUUAUAAUUUCCAGUAUUUGGUGGCCAUAUUAUAAUUUCCAGUAUUUGGUAGGCCAUAUUAUAAUUUACUACAUUUGGUAGGCCGAUUGUUUGUCAACUAUGGUUAGAUAGGCCUACAUGCAGCUUUUCUUGUCAUAAAUUGUUGCCCAGAAGACUAAAUAAAGUAGUGCUCACCAGAAUAAUGUCUUACAUUGAUAGAAUGAAUGUAUUAGUAAUCUAGUUAAUACCUGUAACGUUGUCUGUUUUGUUUAUAGACCUGGAAGAAAAUGCAACAACUCCAAAACAUUGGAACGAUUGGUCCUUUGCAAAAUGUAAAAAUGUAAUCAUUUUGACUGGUUUUAAGGAAAAGAAAAGCUGAGAAAACAAUUAAACACAUUUCUGAUAAGACAGUUUGGCUUGGGUGCAUAUGUCUGCUUGCAUUAGUGUCAAAGAUAACACAUUACCCUGGUAUUUGUAUUUUCUCGAGAUGCUGAAAGAAAGAAAUAAUAUUUCUCCACUCCUGUUCCCAUGACGAAAUUAACAUUUGUUGUAUAAUUUUACUGCAAUAAAUGCAUAAUUCUGAAGGGGUUAAUAUUUUAUUAUGCUAUAUGUUGUGGGUAUAAUUUGUGGAACGUUCCAACAUGAAUCUGUUCCAAAAACUUCGUAAAGUACAAGGAUGCCAACAAACAAUGCAUACAAAGUAGCAUGAUCAAUUCACCUAGCUAACUAGCUGCCAAAUAGGCAUCAACUCACCACAUAUAUUGUUCUUAAUGUUUGUCCAUAGGCUACCAGAUCGAGGAUAGACAUUUUUCUGAAUAAAUGUGGUGAGUGAAAAUCUUUAACUGCCAACAACCUACCCGGUAUCUUAUUCUGCCGCUAUAGAACUUUGAAUGCGUUGUGUGUUGGCAACCUCGUUAUUUACAAAGUUGUUGGAACGUUCCACAAAUUAUACUCACCCCGCUACAUGUGAGAGGUAAUAGGCCUACAGUCAGUGUUCAUAUUUCAGUUACUAUCCCAUUUAGCCCAUAUGAAUUUAAAUGAGGAAUAUUCUGUUUAUUCAUGGUUACUCAUGAGCGGGAUAUCAAAGGUGCAUGUAAACAACCGAAUAAGACUAAGCGGGAUAUGAGCUACUAUCCGGACUACUGUGCGCAUGUAAACGUGGUCAUUGUCACUUCGCUGGAGUCCAGAGCUAGCAGGAUCAUAUGGCUUACCUGUAUGCAGCAGAGGUUGUCGGGGUCGGAUGGAAAGCAUGAUCUGUCUGUAGCCUUUUUCUUCCUCACAAAUAAGUAAUUAAUUCGCCAGAAUAUGUUACAUCUUCAUCCCAUAAGUAUUGAAGGUAGUGUGAUGUUACCACUGAGCUGUAUAAUUAUAACCCACCCAAACUAAGCCAUAUCGGAAAUUUGAAAAUUAUAAAUGAAAUCACCAGGUAGCCAUAGUUGUGGCAAAGAUGCGUCCGUAGCAGAUUGCUAAACGGUACUCUAUAUGGAUCAUAUGAAUGUAGGCAGGCUACUCUGUUGUUGCUAGGCAAAACCGGAGAAAAUUAAACAAGUGCUUUCUGGUCACUAUUUGGAUGUGUGCGACCGCCUUUGCGCACCAAUGCUGAUGACUGGACAUUGGUCAACAGUCAAGACCCGCAGCUUUUUGGUUCUGAAGCACAGAUGAGAUGUUUUUAAAAUAAUUGUUCAAUGCCGUAGACCUAUGUUAAUGACCACAUCGAAUAAGCAAUUGUGUUAAUAUACAAUACAAAUGGUAGGCUAUAUGCAGCCUAUUAAAAUAUGUAUAAAAAAAUAUAUAUUUUGCCCAUUCAGUUUCAACUCCCUAAAACCUCACUACGCUAGCUCACCCGACCUGUGUUGAUUGACUUUGCUGGUCCAAUCAGAGGGCCAUGUGUGCGUUUCACUAGCCAAUAUGUUUGAUUUUUUGCAAGUGCGAUACUGUCUCUGGCUCUCCACGGAGACAAAACGUUCCAAAACCUGGCCAGAUAAUCAAGUUAUUUUAUUUUCUAUCAAGCAGAGUCUCAAGUCAUCAAAUUUGUGAAUUGAGUCAAAGUCAUGUGACUCGAGUCCACACCUCUGACGGGAACCUAUCGCAUCUUGACAAUGUAGCCCAUGGCUUUGAGCUCCAGAUGUGUGCCAUCUCUUAACUGUACCCGUUUGUUUUGUGUCUUUGUUUCUGUCUUGUAACAGAUUAAUUGAAGUCCUUUGAGCUUCCCUAAUAGCUAAAGUACACCAACCAACCACCAAGGAUCCCCUAGUCAUGAAUAGCAGCUCAGACAUCCAGUUAACACGUAAUAUACUUUUUUUUUAAAUCCAUAAACAAACAAUAUUAUUCACUGUAUAACUAGAGCAUCAGUAUGUGACAAAAACACAUUAAUCUAUCUUGUAUCAUUAGGGGGACUUGUCAAAAUGUAAAAGAAAAACAAAGAAAAACACUGCUUUGUCAUGGGUUUGAACUUAUGAAUAAACGAUAUGCUUGAUGUCGG